AUGGAAUUUAUCAGAAGAUGGUCGCAUUUAAUCGGUCACAUGAUUCUUCGGAAAAAAACUGAUCCACACUUUGGCGAACCUGGAUCCGUAUUAGGUCUUAAAUUGGCUGGUGGUCGGCUUGAUCGCGCUGGACGCCUAUGUGCAUUUGUCACUCAAAUUAAGCCAGGUACUCCAGCAGAUAUUGUUGGACAACUAAGGCCCGGAGACGAGAUCCUAGAAUGGAAUGGACAGUCACUUCGUGGUCUAAGUGCUGACGAAGUCUCACAAAUCAUAUAUCAAUCAAAAGAUGAAAUACAAGUGGAAUUAAUCGCUCAAAGGGAAUUAAGUCAAACUGAAAACACACCAACGGAUGAUGUUGUACUGAUGGUCCCCAGUCCUUCUGAAUGCUUUAGUCGAAAUGGGAUAGACAGUGAAGAACGGAUUCCUAGAUCCAGUUUACAGAUGAAACUAUUCUACGAUGAAAUCAAGCGUCAAUUGAUUGUAAACGUUUUAGCCGCUCAAAAUUUAUCAACUAUUCAUAGACCUUUCAGAGGUCCUUGUGCUUUUUAUUGUCGUUUGUGCCUUCUCCCAGAACAAGAGGAAUACAAUUGUCGGUGUACGAAGCUAGUCCGUGGUAGUUCAAAUCCUAUUUGGAAUCAAGCUUUUCGGUUCACAAAUCUUUCAGAUAACGAUCUAAACAGUCACCAUUUAGAAGUUACAAUAUGGAGCUGUGUCGAAAACACGGAUGAACAGCAUAAAAUUGGCGAGAUUGUAAUUGACCUCAGUGUUGCUGACCUACUAGAUGUUGCUUACUGGUAUCCAAUACGUUCAAUCAACCGUUUCUUUUCAACAUCAGAAUUGUCUAAUAUGAAUCCCGAAGUUAGUACUGGCGCGUUCGACUUUCAACAAUAUGAAAAUCAAGUUCCAGAAAAGUUAAUCAAACCAAGAUAUUAUGAACCAGAACAAUGGUCUCCUAGAACUAUCUAUCGAGAUUCAGGUAAUCCAGAUGAUGAACUGAGAAAGCAAAGAUCGUCGAGAGACACUCGAAAUGAAGUUCGACGAGAUGAUUAUUCAGAUAUAGAUGAACAGAAGUUUUCUGCGAAUUCUAGACAAAACAGAAAAUAUGCUGAACGUGAUUAUCAACAAAGAGAGAAUGAAGAACAUCAUCGUGGUUCAAGACGUCAUCCUAAAAACCCAAACUAUGAUUAUGGCGGAGUAGACGAAAAUGCCAUUCAGUCAGAUGCUUCAGAGUUUUCUGAUCUUUCAGAAUUAUCAAGGAUGAGUUUGCAUACAACUCAUUCUGAUCGUCAUCGUGUAGAAUCUAUGCAAAUGCACCGUGCAGUGAAUCAACAGUUUCAAACGCCUACUCAAUCUCGAGGUGACAGAUAUCCUCAAAAUUCUCAAACGUCAAGCAGACUAGAUCAGCAAUUUUCACCUUCUACUGAACAGCCAGCUAGAAUAAGAAGAGAUUCAAACCGUUUAGAAACAGAAACUUCUGGUUUAGUUGAAGAAAGAGUGAUACCUAAAGACAGCGGAAAUUCUGAGGGCGGUUUUGGUCAAGGAACUUCUUCGACUGGCAGUGCUGGAGGUAGAGAUCCUCGAAUUAUGGUAGAAAAUAAACAAUCAACUUCUGAAAUCGCUCAAAGUAUCGAGAGAGAUCAAGUGGAUGGCAGAAAAAGAAGGCCAAAUAUAGGACAAAAGUUUUCACACGUCCUUGGCAGAUCCAGUAAAAGUAGUAGUACAUCAACUUUGGACAAAAAAUCAAGAACUAGUUUUCAGAGAAGCGAAGAAGUGUUACCGUUAGGGGGAUAUGGUGCCAUUUUUGAAGGUCAUGAACAAGAAGGCACAUUCGCUAAUGGAAGAUCAUCGAUGGUGCAUCGUCAAAUGAGUAUAGGCAGCGGAAAAAGUGAUAACCAAAAUCCUAGAUGUGGAGCUAACUCAAACAAUACGGAUCAAGAGAGCAUAUACAUGGGACGCAAUGAGUCGCAUGUUGGGGAAUUUGUUGAAGGUCUUGGUCCUGGACAACUAGUUGGCCGACAAGUACUCGGAAUGCCGUGUCUUGGAGAGAUACAAUUAAGCUUUUAUGAUCGUAAAGGUCAUUUAGAAGUUGAAGUAAUUCGAGCCAGAGGUUUACAACAGAAAAACACUGCCAAACCACUACCAGCUCCAUAUGUGAAACUACACUUAUUAGAAGGUAAACAGUCUGUAGAAAAACUAAGAACAAUGUACCCUCCAAGGCGGACACUGGAUCCACUUUAUCAACAACAACUCUCUUUUUCAGUUCCGUAUCAUGGAAAAAUCUUACAGAUCAGUGUAUGGGGUGAAUAUGGACGUAUGGACAAAAAAGUAUUCUUAGGAAUGUGUGAGAUUGUAUUGGAUGAUUUAGACUUGAAAACUGUAGUUUUCGGUUGGUAUAAAUUAUUCGGAAUGAUAGCAUCAAAUGCUCAUCAUCAUCACAAUCCUCAACAGAAAGGCUCAUCAUCGUCUUCUGCACCAGGCGAUGACUCAAAAAGUAGCAAAAGUAAUAAGUUAUCAGAGGCAAAAGCUGAAAGAACAAUGAAUCGCAAAAGUCGUCACAAUGAUAAUAAUAACAAUAACAACACUGAUGAACUCAAUCGAACCCAGUCUAAGCCAUCUCAAGAAAUGAAAUCUCCACAACCAGGCUUCAGUAAAAAUAAUGAUGGGAAGUCAACUAAUCGAAGCCUUGGAUCACCACAUUCCACAAGACGAUAG